UCUAAUCUGUGUCUCUCUUUUUACAUGAUUUUGUUCCCCUCUGUGUGCAAUUAACAGAUAUCUAAAUUUAUAAUAGAAUCAUACUACUCUCGCAUAUCACAAGUUUCUAAGGCUGUUCCAACAACAGGAUAAGCUUCUGAGUCUCCAAUUUUUGUUGUCAUUUUCUAUAAAGAUAUAGCCAUGAGAACCUAAAAAUUGUUUAAAGAUUAAUGAGUAAUUUAACCUAUUUUGGGACCUAAAUGAAAAAGAAAUUGAUAAAUUCUUCAAAGGACAUACGUCAUAUUAAUUAGGUUUGCAAGUGUAGUUUUAAUUGUGUUUGAUCAGCUUCAUCUGAGAUUAUUUCGUUUUCAGAGAACCAUUAGUGUUUCUCCGCAUGCUAAAUCCCUUGAUGGAUGAACAAGUGAAAACUAAAAUUAUCAUACUAAAAAAAGGGAGCAAUUUCACUUUAUUCUCCAAAGUUGCAUAGAGUAAAAACAUGAAGGCGUGAAGCUUCAUAAAAUAUAAUUGAAGGCAUGAAGACAGCUUAAUGUUUCACAGGUAUUAGAACUCACCUACCAUGACAGAAACUGAUUUAAGGGUAAUAUCUGGACAAAAAUGCACUCGUUUACAAAUGAAUAUGAAAUAUUUCUUUGCUAUUCGCUUUACCCACCAUAUCUUAACACAUCCUAAUCAAUUAGUUAAUACAGCUCACAAUCUGAUUUUCUUUGGUUCAUAUAUCCAACUACUUGUGGUGUGUGGAAACCACCACCAUUAGUAGAACCAAGUAAAUUCUGUCCUUUCUGAAUUUGACCUCAAAAUUAUAAGAAGUAUUACACCUUGUCAAGAAGCUUGUACAGAUAUGCUCCUAGCACCUUGUCAAACAAAUUCAAAUAAUAACCUUCCCAUACGUGUACAUUUCCAUAAAAUAAACUUCAAACGUGCAAUAUGAAUUUUAUAUUGAUCUACUAGCCCCUUUUAAAGUCUUUGACACCUUAAAAUAUCCCACUAUUCUUUAAUAAUUUAUAUCUCAGUUAUCUAAAUAUGUGUUGUUCUAGUAGUUGACAGAUUUAAGCUUUUAUGGAGGGGACAAGCUUAGGUGGCCACCUGUUACAGACAAAAACUAACUAAACAACUGAACAAGUAAAACAGGCUCCUUGAAGCUAAUGCAUCUUCAAUCACAUAAUACCAAUAAAAAAAAUCAUGUGUCAUAGUAUUGGCACCAUUUCUGGAGACCCAAAAAGGGAAUCUAUUCAAUACCCACAUGAUAAUGAGAUGCCUCACGUUCAUCCCAUAAUACGAGGACUAAUAAAAGUAAUCAGCAGAGCCUUUGUUGGCCAAAUGUGUAGCAGGUUUACGAGUUCCAAAAAGAUCCAGCAAUUCAAUCACAUGCUGAUUUAAUUAGGUUACUGCUCAAUUUAUCUCCUCCUAUGGCUGUCUGCCUAUAAAUACCAACUUUGAAGCUUCAAUUCAAUCACCAGUUCGAGAUAUCCUCUCAUCAGAAAAAAAAAAUUAACAUAAGAAAUGGCUGCUCUUUCUUCAAAACCCAACCAUGUUCGGUCAAUCAGUUUCCCUGGGAGAUCACACCCUACCAUCCAGAGAGUAGAAGAAGAGCUCAACAAGCUCAAAUCAUUAGAAGCACCUGCUACACCAAAAGCAGACUCUGUGUACCAUGGUCUACUCAUAUUGGAGAGAUUAUACAAGAGCAUAGAUGGUCUUCUCAACUUGCCUUCCCGUCAAACCCUAUCCCAAAGUCUAGAUGCUAAAUGGGUUGACGAUUUAUUGGACAAAUCAGUGAGGCUUCUUGAUGUUUGCGGCACUACAAGGGAACUUGUCUCACAAUAUAAAGAAAAAGUAAGAGAUCUUCAAUCAUCUCUCAGAAGGAGAAAAGGAGAUUCAACUACAGAUGACAGCGUUGAAAGAUUUACCUCUUUCAGCAAGAAGAUCAAGAGGGAUGCCAAAAUGUCUAUCUUGACUCUGAAACAAAUAGAUCAAGAGACUGCAGUACCAGUCUUGCUAGAUGCAGAACAAGAUACAAUAGCUGCAAUUAGAGCACUUAGAGAAGCUAAUGCAGUAUGCAUUUCAAUUUUCCAAAUGCUCUUGUCCUUCCUGUGUGUGCCACUUUUGAAGCCUAAGCAAUCAAAAUGGUCAUUGCUUUCAAGAUUGGUACACAAAGAGAGGAUAACACCUGGAGUCCAAGAAGAAAACACGAGCUUAGAAACCAGGCUGGAAACCUUCGAGGCUUACCUUGACAGCUUUGAAAAUGCACUGGAAGCUGUAUUUAGGUGCUUGAUUAGAUCUAGAAGCUCGCUCCUCAAUGUUCUUUCCUGCUAAUUUGGAAGUUGUUAUUCUAUACUCUGUAAAUUGUAUAUGAACAGUUUUGUAGUAAUGUUAGAAAUACAUAAACUUCAAGUGAAAGAUUAUACACCACUUAUUGCCUCUCUCUCUCUCAGAUCAAAAUUUAAAAGUUAUGCCCGUGAAUUUUACCAAAAAGAAAGCACUUUGCAGUAUGUCAGGUUAUGUUUGGGUAGCUCAUAUCCACUGAAAUGGUCCUCUUAAAAUUAGAGGGGAAACUGAUAAAAAUUCUUAGCACAUUCAUUACAUACUUUACAUAAUUGGCUCCAAAAAUCAAACUAAUGAAAGAUCAUAAUGACGAUGAAGAAUUUCUUCAUUAUUCUACUUAUCCACCAUUUUUUUUAUGCAUCACUAAAAAGUUAGAACUAUAGCUUAUGAUCUGCUUAAUCUUAGUUCAUACUCCAGCUAGAUAUGGUGACCACUGUAACUAUGACAAUCUUAAUUUUUUCAUCAUAUGUCUUCUGCGAUAAUUGGAAGCACUAGAUCUAAUCAGGAGGCUUAUCCAAUCAAGUCUUUUUUUUCUAGCUCCUUCGCCAAAUUCAAGAAAAGAAAAGAAAAAUCAAGAUCCAGCAAAAAGAUCUGGCACAGAUAUCAGCAGGGCAAAACAGACAACAUAACGUUCUUUCGAACAAUUAAAUGGAAAAAUUAACACUGCCACUUUGCUUGAGUCAAUAUCAGUUUAAUCUGACAGAUUACUGUGGCCUUGCUCAGCAAGCUUAAUUGCGUUGCUCCCAAAAAGUUUAUAAGCAGUUCCUGAAAACGACCUGUAUGCUCCCCAAAUAAAAAUUUAAAGGGAA